GUCUCCCGCUCAGUCUGUCGCUAUUCAACAUCCUCUGGUUAAUGGAUUAUACAGUUUCCCUCCAAGUGCAACAUCAGCUGGCUGUGUUCCCGACACACUUCUAUCAGGGCUACAGUGUGGAGUUACAGAUGAAGUCAACAGAGGUGGACCAAGGGCUUUUCACAGACAGCUACUGCAAAGUGUGCAGCGCUCAGCUCAUCUCCGAGUCCCAAAGGGUUGCCCAUUAUGAGAGUCGGAAACAUGCCAACAAAGUGCGGCUGUAUUACAUGCUACAUCCUGUGGAUGGAGGCUGCCCUGCCAAGAAGCUCAGAACAGACAAUGGCAGCGACAAGGGUGACGUGGACAAGAAUAAGUGCUGCACGCUGUGUAACAUGUCCUUCACCUCAGCAGUGGUGGCACAGUCACACUACCAGGGUAAAAUCCACGCCAAGAGGCUAAAACUGCUACUGGGGGAGCAGCCUGCCAUCAUGUCCAAAGAGGCAUCCCCCAGUCCUGUAAAGAGCUCCCCAGAAACGUCUCCCAUGACCUCCCCGCGACAGCGCAGAGACUCGGACCGUUACUGCCAGCUAUGCAACGCCUGGUUCAACAACCCAGGCAUGGCUCAGCAACAUUAUGAUGGCAAAAAGCACAAGAAGAACGCUGCCAGAGCAGACCUGCUGGAGCAGCUGGGAAAGACCCUGGACAUGGGAGAGAUGAAAGGUCUGAAACGGAGCUACACCUGUGAAGUCUGCAGCGUCACACUGAACUCUGUGGCACAGUACCAUGCACAUCUGCAGGGCUCAAAGCACCAAAACAAUCUGAAGAAUCAGAUAUGUGUCCAGUGAGCGUGGGCCCGAAGAUAAAAACCAACUACUGGAUUGAUGUCAGACAAGCUGUGGUCAGCUUGCCCUGCUUUUUCUGCCUCUGCCCCGCUUCUGCUCUCCUCCACAUCAUUUCUCUCUCUCUCUCUAUCUUUUCUCUCUUCUGUCUUUCACUCUGUCUGUUUCAGCCGACCGGACGAAGAGGAGAAUAAAGAGAUUUUUUUGUAACACUCUAGCACUGCAUCAACUCUCUCACCUGUCGGUAUACAGUACAGUUUAAACAGUUUCUCCGCAUUGCUGGCCACUCUUAAAUCAUUGACCUAUGACAUUCCACUGCAGCUGUGUUUUUCAAUUCCACUGAGAGCAUUACAGUGGUUCUAAUACACAGCAGCCUUUCUAAAAUGCAUGGACUAAAAUUACACUUCAUUUCAACACAAGUACUGUAUGUGGAAUUUUGACUUGAGAAAAUGAGGGUUGUUUUUAACUCUUUUUGUUUGCUUUUACUUGAGUGAAACAACAUAUUUAUUUAAAAUUAAAAGGAGGGGUAUACAUUAUUGAGCAUUGUGGGCUUUAACUUUGAGUCAGUCAUUCUCUUUGCCCUCAGAUUCUGUAUGGUACACACAGUGCAACUCAGCUAUAACGCUUUUAUUACAUACGUGCUUGCAGUGGAGCUAAAUCCCCUUGUGUCUUAAAGGGGUUGAUGGCAAUAAUGACACCGGUGGGACUCUUAUCUUAUUUGUUGUAAUGGUAUUAUCUUCUAUGGGCUUGACUUCUGUCUGUGACUGUGGUAGAAUUAAUAAGAUGUGUCUGCAUCUACACAGAAACAGAAGAUCAUUUUUAAAGCUUUAAAGGAUAUUAUCACAUUAUUACAUUUAUUUUUGUAGAUUAAGCUAACAUUCUUAUAAGUAAUAAUAACUCACUCACUAACUUAUUGCUGAGAUCUGGCGAGGCAAGAAACACAUGCAGUGCUCAUCUUUGACUCAGAGUAAAGUGGUUUAGGUAAUCUGGCUAAACUGCUUUCUUGUUUACAACCUGACUGAUAACCUGACCAACCCACCACCAGAACAAAACUGUACAUCAGCAAACCAUGAAUACAUUAUAUUUGCACAUUAUUAUGUAGUGGAUAUGUUGAAAAUACACUGUGGUUAAAAUUUGGUUGGGUUUGGACACAAAAACCACUGCUGGAUGUGGACAUUUUAGCCAAAGUGUUUCCAGUAUGCCCACUGGCACUGUUCCUAAAAAGCUGCUGGAAACAAAGCACUGACUGGCUAAAACACAACCACUUUUGUUUGUUGGUCAUAAACAGCGGCCUGCACCUUGGCAGGCGUCUCACCUAGGGAACAUGCCAUCCACCAUCCCCUACACCUCUCGAUGACAAAGUCAGCUCGUACACUACGUCAGUUUAUAAAUGUUGAUAUGAUACGUAUGAAAUGUGCAAACGUAGCGUAUACAUGGUUUGCUGAAAUGUACAAUGCCAACAUUUUCUUCUAACAACUGUACUGCUGACAACUCAUGUUUCUUGUCCAAAUUAGCCAGAGCAAUCGCACCAUGCACCCAAAUCUGAGCAAUGACUUUGGUGAAGACAUUGGGCCUCAUUCACUAAUAUCUGCACAGAAAUGUUCUUACUCUCCGCAAAAAAUAAGUACUUGUGCAAAAUCACCGUCAGAUUCAUGACACGUGCGUACCAGCCAAUUUUGUUCUCACCACCGUGCGUAUGUUAGUAAAUCAGAACCAUUCUAAAUUGAGGUACCCCUUCUCUAUACCCCUUCUCAGGGGUAUAAAGUAGUUUGCCACCGGCCGUAUCUGAUCCAAACACAUCCUACGGCCCUUAAGCACGCCAAAAGUGCGCUCUACGGCGCGUGUGUGGGCAUGUAUGUUAUUAUAGCGCACCUCUUGAGGGAUUUCAGGGUUUGCAUAUGGUGUCAUCAGCCAUGUUUUAAGGCCAUAUGCCCGGUCACCCAAACAAUAUAACAUUUUAACAUUAACGGAAUAGAGACUUACUGAAAAUACUAACUUAAAACAAUUGAAAUAAAAGACUAGAACAAAAGAUGCUCACCAACAAGCAAUCCACUUCUCACAGCCCCUGCCUCCAAACGCAUUCCCACUGUACUGUUUUGCAAAAUAAAUGAGUCGUGGGUGCCUCCUGGCCAGCGGGCCACAGCCUUAAGGAUAUGGCAGUCGGCAUUACAGAUCAUCUGCACGCAGAUGGAGUGAUAGUUUUUCUGUUCAUGUCAUUGUUAAUAUUUUAAUUGUCACAAUGAUGAGGGUGAACGUGUGUCAAUUUCAUGGUAAUUUAAUCCAUUUGGCCAAUAUAUUAGUAAAUUAAUUAUUUUAAAAAAUGUUAAUUAAAUCUCUUUUUCAUGAAUGUGGUUUUAUAGACUCUGCAUGUACUUAAAAGGUAUGUUUGCAUUUUCUAAGUCAGUUCGGCCUUCCUCAUUUGCAUGGUCUGAGGCAGUUCUAAAUUUGUUCGCAGAGUAAGAACAAAUUCGGGUAAGAAAAUAUUGAUGAAUCCCGGAUUUGUGCGUCAAACGAUCGUACGCACAGUUUAAGCAUAGAUUUGUGCGUACGCACUGUUUGUGAAUGAGGCCCAUUGUUACCAACAGAAAUGAUGUCCAAAGCUACAAAAAUGAGACUUCAGUUAAGAUAAACUAAAACAACAACCAAAAUUGGUUCCACCCAAGUCAAACAAAUAUUAGAAGACACGUUCUCUUCCACAAAUUUUAAUUUUUCUUUUGCUUUGUAAUGCAGCACAUAUAGUCUACUGUAUGUGGUCAGUGUUAUAGGCUUAUAGAUCAUUCCUCUGGUUAAGAUGCUUUCACUUCAGUAUGGUCUUCAUCUCAGGGAGGUUGCAUAAGUGAAAUUUAACACUGCUGUUGAGAGUCAAACAUGUACUGAGUCUGUCCCAUUACAGAGUCUUGUAGAAUGUGUCGGUAGAUAAGAUAAAAUGGACUGAACCAUAACUGGUAUGGAUCUUAUAAAAAGAAUAUUGAUAUUGUGGAGUGUUUUAAAGGGUAAUUCAGCUUUA